UGAGCUGACCGGGUGUGUCUGCUCGUUUAACCCCCGGCAUGGGCUCGGGCUCGUCGCUGCUGUCCUUCCUGUCGCUCCUGUCCGGACUGUGGCUUAAGCUAGGGAAUGGACACGCUACUGGCAUGGUCCAGCUGCCAGGUGGAAGAUUCCUGAUGGGGACAAAUUCUCCAGAUGGCAGAGAUGGUGAAGGGCCUGUCCGGGAGGUAACAGUAAAACCCUUUGCCAUCGACAUAUUCCCUGUCACCAACAAAGAUUUCAGGGAUUUUGUCAGGGAGAAAAAGUACCGGACCGAGGCUGAGAUGUUUGGGUGGAGCUUUGUGUUUGAAGAUUUUGUCUCCGCUGAGCUAAAAAACAAAGCAACUGAGCAAAUGAAGCCUCUUCUCUGGUGGUUUCCAGUGGAAAAGGCAUUUUGGAGGCAGCCUGCAGGUCCUGGCUCUGGCAUCCGCGAGAGGCUGGAGCUCCCAGUGGUACACGUGAGCUGGAAUGAUGCUCGCACCUACUGUGCGUGGCAGGGGAAACGACUGCCCACUGAGGAGGAGUGGGAGUUUGCUGCCCGAGGAGGGUUGCAGGGCCAAGUUUACCCAUGGGGGAACCGAUUCCAACCAAACCGCACCAACCUGUGGCAGGGAGAGUUCCCCAAGGGUGACCGAGCUGAGGACGGCUUCCACGGACUCUCCCCUGUGAACGCUUUCCCCCCACAGAACAACUACGGGCUCUAUGACCUUGUGGGUAACGUGUGGGAGUGGACAGCAUCACCAUACCAGGCUGCUGGCCAAGACAUGCGUGUCCUCCGGGGGGCAUCCUGGAUCGACACGGCUGAUGGCUCCGCCAAUCACCGGGCCCGGGUUACCACCAGGAUGGGCAACACUCCAGAUUCAGCCUCAGACAACCUAGGCUUCCGCUGUGCUUCCAGCGCAGGCCGACCGCCUGAGGAGCUGUGAGCGGCCACUAGAGACACGAGACAAGUACCUAGGCCACAACUUGGCCAUAUUCCAAACACAGCUGAACUCGUGCCACGCUCCUCGACUUCAGCCUCAGCAACGACCUCCUUUCCCCGCACCCUCCCUCUGUGGCUGGCACCUCUCAUCAGGGCAGAGGACCCUAAUCUCAGAGGAGGGUGCCACUGCCUCUUGCAGAGUCCCCCACCCUCAGCACAGCUGAGAACUGGCUAUAUAUUUGGAGGUCAGGAAUUAACAACAUAGGGGCCAAACACCCAAAUAGUUAGAACAGAGUGCUCUGAAAGGUAGUUUGCUAACAAUUUCUAAAUCUGCUUCCUUCCCCUCUCUCAUGCCUGAUUCAGUGUUGCCUCAAGGCAGAAUUCCCCUGUUCUUGGGACCAGCAGUUAGCAUAAUGGCUACAUCGCUAGAUUCCCAUAUAGUUGACCACGGUUCGAGUCCCGGACC